AUGGCAUCGAAGGUCGCGAAAUCAGCUGGUAAGAAGUCCAAGCGCGCCAAGAAGGAUCCUAACGCGCCUAAACGCGCUCUCUCGUCCUAUAUGUUUUUUGCCAAGGAAAAACGCGCCGAACUUGUUCGCGAUAACCCUGACCUUGCCAGAGAUGUUGCCGCUGUAGGGAAACUUGUUGGAGCCGCCUGGAACUCCCUAGACGAAAGUGAAAAGGCACCUUACGAGAAACUCGCCGAGGCCGACAGGGCCAGAUAUGAAAAGGAAAAGGCUGCUUAUAAUAAAUAA